ACAGAGAAAAAACCCAUCUUUUCCCUAAAUACUGUUGCAAGUGCUGGGAGUAUGAGUAUUUAUGAUGACAUUGAUGCUGAUGUGUUGCAAAACUAUCAAGAGUACAGUCUGGCAAACAUCAUCUACUACACUCUAAAGGAGUCCACCACCAGUGAGCAGAGUGCAAGAAUGACAGCUAUGGACAAUGCUAGCAAGAAUGCCUCUGAGAUGAUUGAUAAGUUGACUUUGACAUUUAACCGUACUCGCCAAGCUGUCAUCACAAAGGAGCUGAUUGAAAUCAUCUCUGGUGCUGCAGCUCUGUAAAGACAUGAAAUAUGAAGCAAGCUAAUUAGUUUAUCCUACUUUGUCAGAAGAACUCCAUUGUGUACAUGGAAGACAAAAUAUUUGUAAAUUAUCUUACAAUAAACAAAUUAUGUGAAAA